AUGGCUAUGGAGAUCGGUACGCGUGUUGAAGCGCAUUCGCUCGUCAAUGCGAAGCAGUUGAAUGGACUUGUGGGCAAAGUUUGUGCUUUAGACGGGGAUCGUGUAGGUGUUGAUUUCGGUGCACCGCAAGGCGCCAAGGCACUGAAGCCUACGAACCUGCUAGUCCUGCCGGCGCAGAAGCUGCCAGUAACAGUCCUUAGCGGAUUUCUGGGGGCUGGAAAGACCACAAUGCUCACGCACAUUCUGACGAAUCGCGAAGGUCUUCGUGUUGCCGUACUGGUGAAUGACAUGGCAUCCAUCAACGUAGACGAAGAGUUGUUGAAGCAGGGAGUGCAGUUCAGCGAAAGCAAAGACAAGAUGGUCGAGUUGCACAAUGGUUGCAUUUGCUGCACGCUCCGGGAUGACUUGAUCAAGAAUGUCCGUGACCUGGCGUUGGAGAACCGCUUCGACUACUUGAUCAUUGAAAGCACAGGGAUCUCCGAGCCGCUGCCGGUGGCAACGACGUUCGUUGCCAAGGACGAGUCGGGAAAACCGCUUCUCGGAGAGCUUGCUACACUGGAUACAUGCGCCACGGUCAUCGAUUGCGCGAAUUUCCUCGCAGACUACCAAAGCCUCGAGAAGGCAGUGGACAGAAAGGAGCUCGGAGCGGAAAAAGGCGAUGAAAGAACCAUUGUCGAUUUGCUGAUUGAUCAAGCAGAAUUUGCAAAUGUCUUGGUCCUCAACAAAACCGACCUUGUAUCCACUGAGCAACUCGGGGAUCUCAAGCAACUACUGGUGAAGCUGAACCCCGGCGCACGCAUCAUCGAGAGCCAGCACGGAGCCGUGGAUCUUGAGUUCCUUCUAAACACCAAGACCUUCGAUCUGGACUCUGCAAGCAUGCACCCAGGCUGGCAGACUGAGUUGAGCGGAGUCCCACACACACCGGAGACGGAAGAGUACGGAAUCUCGAGUUUCGUGUAUCGCAGUGACCGGCCCUUCCAUCCAGAUCGCUUAGAGGAGCUGCUGAGACGUGCAAACCCGCUUCCGGGACUGCUUCGCUCUAAAGGCUACGCGUGGAGUGCCAGCGAUCAUCUCUUGGCGGUGGAAUGGAGUCAGGCUGGUGCCUACACGACUUUGAGAGGAGCCUACAGGUGGUUGUCACUUGGAAUGUCUCGGCGGACGUGGUCAGAGCAGAAUAAGGCCAAAUAUGGGGAGAGCCUUUACGGCGACCGGCGGCAAGAGCUGGUCUUCAUCGGUGCCAUCGAUGAAGCCGCCAUCCGCAAGCUGCUCGAUGAGGCCUUGGUCACGGAUGAAGAGUUUGCCUUAGGGCCGGAGGCAUGGACCAGCUGGAAGAAGCUCAUUACCGUGGAGGCCAUGGGUCCUGAGGACCAGGGCCGAGAGGCAGAGUUCACCAUCGGAGUUGUAAAGACGGAGGGUGACAGGCUCGGGGUGAGCAUUGAUGAAACAGAGGGGAUGCGCGUGACCUACAUCAGGCCGGGUGGGUUGAUUUACAGAUGGAACAUGGAGCACUUUCGAAAGAAUCCCGAGAUGGUCAUCCGAGCUGGCUACAACAUCGUGGCCAUCAAUGGCGUCACAGGCCUGAGAGAGAAGAAGCAGAUGGUCAGCGCCUAUAGGCACCUGAAAAUGACGAUCUCGCGACGCCUCCCGGGCGCGAAGGACCGACGCUUUCCUUAA